CAACUGUAAAACUGAAACUCCUAUUUGUCUGGUACAAAUAUGACUCAUUUUAGUGUUGCAUUUUAUUGAACCAUAAUAUUAAGUGCACAUUCUAUUCAUAUUAUAUUAUAUUCCAUACAAUUUUAAACACCAAAACACUGCUCGUGUGACUUCAGGUAUUCACAUUUUCGUCUUUAAUCUCUACUUCAAUUAAAUCAAAUAGCCCUACAUCAAAUACUUAUUCAGAGAAACUGAUGUCAUGCUGUAGACCUAGGUCUUGUUAAUGUGUGAGUUACUUUUAUCUGAUAUUAUUACCAAAGAUUUCCUGCCUGUUCCUUUUUAAGGCUAUCUCUAGAUGCUGCAGGUUCCGUGUGUUGGAUAUCAUCAUCUCUCUUAUUGUUUUUGGGUUUCCUGUAAAAGUGAAGACCAAGUGAGGUAAUAUAUAGUUUAGGGAGAUUUUUUAUAUGUCAGAAAUGUUUAUUCAAAAUCAUUUUUCCUUGAACUAAUGCUUUGUUUGUUGACAGAAGUUUAAAAUGAAAAAAAAGUGGAGUAGGACGUAACAGUUUGCAGAAACAUUUGUAGAUUGUUUGGUCAUGUGCCAUCAGUCUCAGAGACAUUUCUUUUUUCUAAAUGCAUGUUUCACUAUAUUUCCUCUCACACUCAUCAAUUCCUACGUCUUUGUUUGCAUCUGUCUAAAGGACUCAGUUCCUGAAUUUACAACUUCUUCUUUCUGGACCUCUCUUCUGGACAAAUAGGACAAAUAUAGUGAAAGAAAGGGGAUCUUUGACUAGUUUGUUCAAGAACUGCAAGCAUUCUCUGUCUCGUACUAGAUUACAAGUGUUCUGUGUGCCUUUGAGAAAAAAACAAAAAACAAAGCUAUGGAUGAGGUGAUGCCAACCACAGAGGACUAUUGGCCGGAGGACUAUGAUAACUAUACAUACAUUAACCCAGACUUCAUUGCUGCCCCCUGCAGCCAGGCUGAUGCGUAUGGUUUUGCCCAGAGGUAUUCCCCUGUGAUGUACAGUCUGGUGUUUGUACUGGCGCUGGUGGGGAACAUCCUGGUCCUCUGUGUCAUCCGCCGCUACAGAAGCUCUCAGAGUGGUGGGGCCUGUGCCUUCUCCCUCACAGACACAUUCCUGCUUCAUCUGGCCAUUUCUGACCUGCUACUGGCCUUCACCUUACCACUGUUUGCUGUGCAAUGGGCUCAUGAGUGGGUGUUUGGAUUGGCCGUUUGUAAGAUCUCUGGGGCCUUGUUCUCUCUCAAUCGCUACAGUGGUAUCCUGUUCCUUGCCUGUAUUAGUUUUGACAGAUAUCUGGCUAUUGUUCAUGCCAUUAGUUCUGGCUGGAAGCGCAACACAUGCCAUGCGCAAAUCGCCUGUGCUUUUAUCUGGGUUCUUUGCCUCGGCCUUAGUGCAGUGGAUAUUGUUUAUAAACAGGUUGUGCAGGUGGAAGCUGGAACAUCCAAGACUCUUCUCCUUUGUCAGGUAUGGUUCCCAGAGAAGUCAACACAGUGGCAAAUUGGGCUGCAGCUGGUCAGUGUGAUCCUGGGCUUUGGACUCCCUCUGUUGAUAAUGCUGUAUUGCUACAUCCGGAUCUUCAGAUCUCUGUGCAAUGCCACACGCAGACAGAAGCGCAAGUCUCUGCGUCUCAUUGUGUCCCUGGUGUCCGUGUUUGUUGUGUGCUGGGCCCCGUACAGCUGCUUCCAGUUGACGGACAGCCUACUGAAGCUGGAGCUACUCACCCCCUCCUGUGGCCUGGGCCGAGUGCUUGACAUUGGGACUCUGAUCACAGAGAGUGUGGGGCUAUCCCACUGUGCACUAAACCCAUUGCUCUAUGGCUUUGUAGGUGUGAAGUUCAGAAGGGAGCUGGCCCGCAUGUGCAAAGGUUUACUGAUAGAGCAAGGCUGGUUGGGGAUGGAGGCUUGGAGACCCAGAAAACCACGAAGAACCACAGGGUCAUGCAGCUCUGCAGACAGUGAAAAUACGUCUUAUUCUGUUAUGGUUUAAAGAUGAUCAGAUGAGGAAAUGAAGGUGGAUAGUCACCACAUUCAAGAGUGACAAAACUGUAAAGUCUUUUUAAGGAAUAUAUUUAUGUGCAGCUUAUGGCUCUGUUUAUGAUUUGUUGAAUGCAAAGUGGUAAAGAAUGAAAGCUUGAUUUCCAGUACAUGAAAGUGACAUUUGAAUCAUCACAAAUGUCUGCAUGUCAAAUGUUGUGAAACUUCUUCAUUUCAUUUCAGAAAGGCUUGUUCAGCAACAAGUUGCAGCUUUUACACACAUUGCGACAUUUGAUUAUGAAAGUUCUCACAACCUUGAGUUUAAAUGAAGUAUGUUUUUUUGUUGAUGAUUUUAGUAGAAGAGAUUACUGUAAAGUAAAC